AUGACCGGCCAGGCGGCAGAGAGAGAACGGUCACCCCACAAUCUGUCAGUGAAGACCACCUUGGAGGAGGAGAUCGAGAGAGCUGAGAGUAUUCUCAGCAGGGUGCCAUCUGACUGUGAUGACACUUCCUCAGAGCUACAAAGAAUCGCCACUCUCGGCGCUCACAGAGGCAAUUCCAGAAAUUCUUUUCUAAGGAGCGGCGCUAUCUCAAGACUGGUGAGCCUGGUGGUUAGGCUGAGGGAAUGGGCACACAGGAGUCUGCUGGAGGAGGAGGAGCGGCCAGACUCCUUCCUGGAGCGCUUCCGUGGCCCUGAGCUGAGAACAGCCCCCAGCCGCAUCAGCAACACACAACCAGACGCCAACGUGUGUUAUCUGCGAUCUCUCUAUGUUUUCAGGAAAAAGUGGGAUUUGUUUGUGGUGUCCCCAUCCGAUAACGCCUACUACCGUUGGUUAUUUGUCAUUGCCACAGCAGUGCUGUACAACCUGUUCCUUGUUGUUGCAAGGGCAUGCUUUGACAAGUUACAGGUGGGCAAUUACAUCUGCUGGCUGGUGUUGGACUACCUCUCUGACACUGUAUACAUUAUGGACACUUGUGUCCGACUUCGCACAGGGUUCCUGGAACAAGGUUUGCUGGUGAAGGACCACGCCAAGCUAAGAGACAGCUACGUCCGUACACUGCAGUUCAAGCUGGACGUGAUGUCCAUCCUGCCCACUGACCUGGCCUACAUCUCCACUGGCAUCCACACACCACAGCUCAGGUUCAACCGCCUGCUGCGCUUCCCACGCAUGUUUGAAUUCUUUGACCGCACAGAGACGCGCACCAACUACCCCAACAUCUUCCGCAUCUGCAACUUGGUGCUCUACAUCCUGGUCAUCAUUCACUGGAAUGCAUGCAUCUACUACGCUAUAUCCAAGUCUUUGGGAUUUGGCUCGGACACGUGGGUAUUCCCAAACACCUCCAAGCCUGAGUACGCUUCCCUGACUCGGAGUUACGUCUACUGUCUGUACUGGUCGACUCUUACUCUCACCACCAUUGGAGAGAUGCCUGCACCUGUGCGAGAUGAAGAGUACCUAUUUGUGGUCUUCGAUUUUCUUGUCGGGGUGCUGAUCUUUGCCACGAUUGUGGGAAACGUUGGCUCUAUGAUUGCCAACAUGAAUGCAACCCGUGCUGAGUUUCAAGCCCGGAUCGAUGCUAUCAAACACUACAUGCACUUCCGCAAAGUCAGCAGAGAACUGGAGACGAGGGUCAUUAAAUGGUUUGAUUACCUCUGGACAAACAAGAAAGCGGUAGAUGAGCAGGAGGUGUUGAAGAACUUGCCAAACAAACUGCGGGCUGAGAUUGCUAUAAAUGUACACCUGGAGACCCUGAAGAAAGUGCGCAUUUUUCAAGAUUGUGAGGCAGGACUGCUGGUGGAGCUUGUACUCAAACUACGACCACAGGUCUUCAGUCCAGGAGAUUACAUCUGCAGAAAAGGGGACAUAGGUAAGGAGAUGUACAUUAUUAAGGAGGGGAAGCUGGCUGUGGUGGCUGAUGACGGGGUCACACAGUACGCUCUCCUCACCUCUGGCAGCUGCUUCGGGGAAAUCAGCAUCCUGAACAUAAAAGGUAGUAAAAUGGGAAAUCGUCGGACAGCCAACAUACGCAGCUUGGGUUACUCUGAUCUCUUCUGCCUCUCUAAGGACGACUUGAUGGAGGCAGUGACCGAGUAUCCAGAUGCUAAGACUGUGCUAGAGGAGAGGGGCCGGGAGAUCCUGAUGAAGGAGGGUCUGUUGGACGAGACUGUAGAGAGUGGCGGGCUGCAGAAAGAAGACACAGAGGAGAAGGUCGAGAGGCUGGAGUCCUCUCUGGACACACUUCAGACUCGUUUUUCCCGUCUACUUAAUGAAUACACACACACUCAGCAACAGCUGAAGCAGCGCAUCACUCUUCUGGAGCGGCAGCUGGACCACAUGGACUGUGGCGCAGAUGCAAACCAUGACAUGGAUGCGUAUGAAGAGACGGUCAAUGAAACAGACCCUGUGCCUGUUGCUGAUAAUAAUGUGCAGAUGGAGAACAGGAAGAGCACAACAUCAAAACAUUAACUGUCUCACCGAGAGACUUUUAGAUUUCCUGAAGUACUUUGAUACAGACUCAUUAAGAGAGUAGGAAAACCUCAUGACACCCUUUUUAACUUCCAUUGAGAGAAUGUUUUGUCAGUUUAGCUGAGUGUAAAGAGACGUCUGCAUGUCAAUAAACAAGAAAAGAAAGCUGACAACACUGCUGUGCCCAUGCAGUCUUUGGGUUCGUGACUGUGCCAAAACCAGCUAGAUGAAUGUGUUUAAAUUGUGGCUUUAAGGUUUCUUUCCUGAAGAUGCUUAAUCAAGGUACGGUAAACACACAUGAGAAGAAAAAUAAAAGCUAGAGUACAAGUUUAAAUUGCUGGUUGUUAUAGUUGUUGGGUCACUCGUAAACAUCUUGUGUUGGGUUGCAUCAGUGGAGGGAUUCGUUCUCUUGAAAUAUAUUGUGCUCUCGCCCUGUGCACCUCCUCCCUUGCUGCCCCUCCUGGGAAAAAAGUCCAAGGAGAGUUGGUUGAAGGUGAUUGCUGGGUUCACAUACACAAACAAUUAUUUUCCAGUGUCCUUAUUUUCCAGGUUGGAUCUGAAUCAGACACACUGUGGGACAUUUAAGGGGAGUUUUUGCUUUGAAAAUGGUUUUAAACUGUCAUGAAGUGACUCACUUGCAAUUUGCAGUUGUUUAUAUUUUUCAGUUGUGCUGCAAAUGGGUUUGCUAGUCUUUUAUUAAAACAAGUAAGAUGCUUUGUCUUAGUUUACAUUUAGUUUCUCCUAUCUCUAUUACACACUGUGAAUUGAGGGGCCGGGGAUUUUCCAGUUAUUCAGCCUCAACAUUCCAGGAUACAAGUCAACCACAUGAGCAGUGAUGAUAAGCAGAGCUGGAACAAUGCUUCUGCAGCAGAGCUGCCUAUAAUAAAGAGGCAGGAGGUAGUGAGUGCAUAUCCCCUGCAGUCCCUGAAGGAGUGGGUGGGCUAAAGUGCUAAAAUCUCCAGUUACCUUCUGUAAGCUGGUUAAUGCAUUGGUCUCGCUUUUGUACGAUAUUAGAAACAAAUGACAGAUAUAGCUCCUGAUAGACUCAAAUAUUAAACGUUUUGACAACAGCAUAUGAAGAUUGCCAUC